AUGCCUCAGGAUAUGCCGCCCACCGGCGGCUACGAGCCCGUCCAAUACAAGCGCAACUUGCCCGCCCGCGGUUUCCGUCCUGCCACCUACCUGCUCAUGGUCGGCGCCAUCUGCACCUACGGCUUCUGGCGCGUCGGCCAGGGUAUCCGCGAACAAAACGAACUCGCCCGCGAAAAGAUGUGGUCGCGCAUCCACUUAAUCCCCAUGCUGCAAGCAGAAGAAGACCGCGACCAGGUCCGUCGUCACCUCGCCGACAAGGCCCGCGAGAGAGAAUUGUUGGGUGCCGAGACCAAGGUCUACCACAGCGAUCGUUUCAUUCGUCCGACAUUUGCUGUUACUCCUAAUGAGGUUACCAAGUAA